ACUUUAUCACAAGAGGAAGUUAAUUUGUUAAACUUUAUUUUCUGAAAAUUGCGAGUGAACAUUCUAUUAAACUAACAAUUUGAAGAAAUAUAUAAGAAGUGUUUUAAGUUAUAUGUUUAACGGAUAACUUUAAUGUAUAUUAUGCUCAUAAAGCAGGACAAUAAAGCAGGACAACAAAUAGAUUUGGAGAUAAAGGUUAUAAAAUCGAAACAAGAAUCAAGUUAUAACAUGAAUUAUUCUCAUGUGUAAAGUUCGUCAGUAUGGCGGUUUCUGGAAGAAAAGCAGUGGCACCAAUCACAGGUUGGUUUGAUAGUGAUAAAAAUCAUUUUUGUGAUCCGUGUAAAACUGAUGGUCAAAAUGUAAAAGCACGAGGAUAUUGUGAAGAUUGCCAGGAAUAUUUAUGCAGCUCGUGUUUUUCUUCUCAUAAGAAAACAAAGGCCUCAAAACAUCAUAAAUUACAUGAACGAUCCGAUGCUACUAGUACAUCUAUAUUAGAUGAUAAAUGCCCAUUUCAUGACACCGAAAUUGUCAAGUUUUUCUGUCCUAGACAUGAAGAACUAGGAUGUCAUGAUUGUAUGGUUCUUAAGCAUAGAACAUGUGAUCUUGAUUAUAUCCCUGACACGUGUAAAGGUAUAGGUGACAGAAAAGAGUACAGUGACACGUUAAAAAUGCUAGAGUUAAAGCUACAAGCAGCAGAAAAUAUGGAAAGAGAAAUUUCUGACAAAACAACGGAAACAGAUGAUAGUUUAACUCAAGCGCUUAAAGAUAUUGAUGAAUUUGAGUACCGAAUCACCAAUCGUAUAAAAGAAAUGAAAACUGAAGCUGUUAAAAAUGCAAAACAAAUAAAUGAAUCAAACAAAAGGGCAUUAAAGACAGCGCAUGAAGAAUGCAGUAAAGUUUCCUCAGAAAUGAAACAACUUCAAGCCAGUCUAAGAGACAACAAAACAUCCGGGAAGGAAAGGGAAAUAUUCAUAGCUGUAAAGAAAGCUAAAUCUCUAGCCGAUGAUGAAAAGAACACUGAAGUUUUAACAGUACUAAGGAAACUUAAAACAACAUGCACCUUCAAACGGAACGAAGAGAUAGAAACUGCAUUAUUUAAGAACACUUUAUUUGGGACAUUGGAGACGACUCGUUCUGUAAGCUCCUUACAGCAUUUAAGGGACAUUAAAAUAAAAACUUUAUCAGAUGUAAAUAAAUGCUCCAUAGCAGGAUGCUCAUUUAUUCCACCAGAUAAAGUUUUACUUGCAGAUGAAAAUAACAACAAACUUAAACUGUUUGAUAUCAACAAUGACCGUUUGAUAAAAGAAAGACAGGAACCGGGAGGCCCAUGUGGCGUUGGUCUUAUGUCUCAAGAUGAAGUAGCUGUUGCGAUGAGAAAAAUGAAAGCAGUUCAAAUUUUCAAGACUUAUGAUGACCUAUCCCUAGUUCGUACUGUCCAACUUGAUAGAAAAUGUUAUAAUGUCACAUAUAACCAAGGAAAGCUGUAUGUUGUUUGUUGGGAUCCAGAAAGUGUGUUAGUAUUAGAUCUUAAUGGAACAGUGCAGACAGAAAUUCCACUGAAAACAUCUACCAUUGACUUGACUGUUCCAGUUGGUAUUGCUGUAAGUGCAGACUCUAAAUAUGUAUAUGUAAGUGACAGUUCUUUGUUAAAAGUAACAUUGUACGCCUCACAACCAAUGGAAAUGUAGCAAGUAUUUACAAAGACGAGAAUAUCCAAUCACCUUCUGGGAUAAUCAGUCUGGAGGAUGGAUCACUUCUUGUCUGUUGCCGUAACAGCAAUACAGUAUACAGAAUUUCUGAAGAUCUCAAGACAGGAUUUAAUGUACUAGAUAAUAUAGAAUCACCGAGGAGUAUAUGUAUAGAUAAUAAAGGUAAUAAAAUGUACAUUGGUUGUUUAGGUGACACAUUGAAAGUUUGUAAAGUGGUUUAUCAGGAAUAAGAAAGAAAUGAUUAUGGUGAUGAUGAUAACGUGAU